AUGCCCCCAGAAGCAACCUUCAAGUCCUACACGCCAACCCAAGGCCAAACAUACGCCCAGGCCCGCAGCACCUACCACCCAAACUUCUACAAAACCCUCCUAACCCACCACGCCAAAACAGGAGGCCAAACCCAAACCCUGAUAGACGUCGGCUGCGGGCCAGGCCCCGCAACCCGCGAUCUAGGCGUCCAUUUCGACCGCGCUGUCGGGUUCGAUGCGUCACCUGGUAUGGUUGAGACGGCGAAGACGCUGGGUGGGAGUGGUUCCGGGCCAGAUGUCGAAUUCUACGUUUCCGGCGCGGAGGAGUUGGGACGGGACAUCGAGGGAUUGGGGAUUGAGGAUGGAAGUGUGGAUUUGAUUACGGCGGCUACGGCAGCUCAUUGGUUUGACAUGCCUCGGUUCUGGAAACGGGCCGGCGAGUUGUUGAGACCCGGUGGUACAGUGGCGAUUUGGACGAUGAAUGUUGAUGGGCCGAGUGGGGAUAUGCCUAAUGGUGAUGCUAUCCGUGCUGCGUUGGAUGUGAUCCGGGCACGAGAGCUGGAGCCGUUUAUUCAGGACGGGAAUCGGCUUGUACGGGGUCUCUAUGUUGCGUUGCCUUUGCCUUGGGACUGUGGCGCUGAGGGGUUUGACCAGGAGAGCUUUGUUCGACUGGAGUGGGGGACGGAGGGGGGAUUUGAUGCUCGUGUGGCGGGGAAUGAGUUUCUCUUGCAUGGUGAGAAAGUGAUGAGUUUGGAUACUUUUGAGGUUUCUAUGGGCACUGCUAGUCCGAUUACGAGAUGGCGAGAGGCGCAUCCGGAUUUAGUGGGCACUGAAAAGGAUGUGAUCCGGUUGAUGAGGAGGGAGAUUGAGAGGUGUUUGAGAGAGGCGGGGGUUCCUGAGGAGGAGAUGGUGGUGAAGGGAAAAGGAGAUGGAGUUUUGUUAAUGGUCAAGAAGAACUAG